AUGACCCGCCCAGCCCUCAUCCGCGUCCUCAAGACCGCAGCACCCCGCCGCCUCCUCUCCACCACCGCCAAAGCCAUGGCCGCAGGCGACACCGGCGCUGCCAGGUCGGGUGGCGAGCGCGCGGCGGACGCCUUCACCCGCCGCGAGCGCUCCGCCGAGGAGAUGUACAUCCGGCAGGAAGAGCGGAACAAGCUCCUGCAGCUCAAGGAGAAGCUGAAGCAGCAGAGGAAGCAUAUCGAUGAGCUUGAUAAGCACAUCGACGACUUGACCAAGAACCAGGGCGGCGAGCACAACUAG